AUGGGCAGCGCAAAGCAGGCUCAGGGCGAGACUGUCGCCGUCGCCAAUGACUUCCUCCACACCCCCUUCAUGCGGGCUGCCUUGCCCUUCAUCAAUGGAGGCAUUAGCGGCAUGGUAGCAACCACCGUCAUCCAGCCUGUCGACAUGAUCAAGGUACGGAUCCAACUGGCUGGCGAAGGCGUCUCGACCGGCCCGAAGCCUACUCCUCUGUCCGUCACCCGAGAAAUCCUGGCUAGCGGCAAGGCGCUUGAUCUGUACACAGGCCUGUCCGCCGGACUGCUGCGACAGGCCGUCUAUACGACAGCUCGUCUUGGAUUCUUUGACACUUUUAUGGGCAGCCUCACGGCUCGUGCCAAGGCAAAGGGUCAAAGCAUUGGCUUCAAGGAACGCGCAACAGCAGGUCUAACUGCCGGUGGCCUUGCCGCCAUGAUUGGCAACCCAGCAGAUCUUGCCCUGAUCCGAAUGCAGAGUGAUGGACUCAAGCCUGUGGCACAACGCAAGAACUACAAGUCCGUGUUCGAUGCGCUUACAUCCAUUGCCCGGAGUGAAGGAGUCGGCGCCCUCUGGGCCGGAGCAACCCCCACGAUCGUGCGUGCAAUGGCUCUCAACUUUGGUCAAUUGGCUUUCUUCAGCGAAGCCAAGUCGCAGCUCAAGGUACACACUGAGUGGAGCUCAAGAACCCAGACGCUCACUGCCAGCGCGAUCGCAGGCUUCUUUGCCUCAUUCUUCUCACUACCAUUCGACUUCGUGAAGACUCGUCUGCAGAAGCAGCAGAAAGGACCUGACGGCAAGCUUCCCUACAAGAGCAUGAUAGACUGCUUUGGCAAGGUCGCGAAACAAGAGGGUAUGCUGAGGUUCUAUCGAGGGUUCGGGACGUAUUAUGUCCGCAUCGCUCCCCACGCGUAA